AAGAUAACUACAUGUAUAAUCAAAACUAAUUUUGUGAUAAGUUCAUUUAAUUUACAAUAAAGAAAUAAUAAUAAGUCUGAUUAUUUUCAAUUUUGUACCCCCUUAGUUGACGAACUGAAAAAGAAAAGAAUUCAAGCACCAUUGUUAUCAUUGCUAAAACCCGAUAGACAAAAACUGAUGACUAUUCUUAUAUACAUUGUAUUCCUCUCUUUCAUAAUUUAUGCAAGUUAUGGACCGCAAAGCAGUUUUAUUGCUCCCCUGCCUGGUGUUGAGGUAGUCAGAAGUACUAAUGUUGUUGUACCAGGCGGUAGAGCAAUAACGAUUGAAAAAUUUGGUCUCAUCAUUGUUUCUCCUCCUGAUGCUCUUCCAGAUGGUCUCUUUUCUGUUAUUAAUAUACGUCUUGGUAUAUCCGGUCCUUACAUUUAUCCUGAUUCAGACACUAAUCAUACUAUGGUAGCUGCCAGCCCUGUGUAUUGGCUGUCCAGCAGUAAAGAGUUUCUUAAACCUUUACAGUUUGGAAUACGUCAUUAUACUAGUCAAAAAUCAAUAAUAAAAGUUUAUACUGCUGAUAACAAUCAAAUGAAUAUGUCCUACAUCUUUGAAGAGAUUCCUAACGUCACUGUCAGUAGGGAUUAUGUCUACUUUUCAGUGAACCACUUCAGUGGUUUUUCAGCAAAUAGUACUGAAACUACAUUUUGUGGAACAUUAUAUUAUCAGAGAUCUCCUACUGUUAAGUUUCAAUGGGAUUAUAACUAUGUGAUAUCUCAAUGCUCACUGGUAGAUCUACAUGAUUUUGACAAGACUUGGUCAAAACAAUUUAAAAACCAUAUGAUACUAUUUGAAGAACAUAGUACAGAAAUAGAACUUGUUAUAGAAUUCAAUCCUUCAAAAAAUUGGAGUGUUGUGGCAAGUUUUGAUCUGGUUUAUACAAAAGAGAUUUUGCAAAUGAACUACAUUGCAAAUAAUAUGCAAUUUUCACUGCAAUGGACAAGAAAUGAUGGCCUACCAGCUUCAGAAGAGUUAAAAUUUUUUUUGAAAGGUGCUCGAACCCCCAGAAAUAUAACUGUCAAAACACAAUCAAUUGACUACUGGGAAUAUUACUUGUAUAAUAAAUUCUUCAUUGUUGUUGCAUCUGUAGUUACAAUAAUGAUUGGCUUUUUUAUCCUCAUUUUAGUAUUAUCUUGUCAAGGUAAUAAGAAGGAUAUCCUCAUUUUAUUCAUAAUUAUGAUUAUUAUAAUUUCGAUUUUCUUGAUAUCAUAUUGCUUCCAAGAUCACAUUAACGAAAUAAUAAAAUAUUUAAUUUUUAUUUUACAAUCUAUAUUGGCUGCAUUGCUACUAUAUUUAGUGUUUUACCGUCUUGUUCCUGAAAUGAAAAGUACCCUUGUACUGGAACAGUUAUGGAAUAAAUUAUUAUUCAUGAAAAACAAUAAAUAAUUGAUAAUAAUUCAACUAAGUGUGCUUUUACACUUCCAUUUGCUGAUAAAUAAUAAUGAUGCUCAUAUUAAUUUUUGUAAUUUUGUUCUCUUUAAUAAUAAGCUGUUAAUUUACUAAUUUUCCUCCCACACAUUUAUACAUUUUUUAUGUCCUUGUUCUCUUUGUUGAUGUUCUCCAGUUCUCCUUCCCCCUCUUUGUAAUUUUGUUUAUCUCUCUCUCAGACAUUGCAUCAUGUAUCCACCUUUCAUCUACCAUGUAUUUACUUGUAUUUUAACUUUUCUAUAUUGUAUGUACUUUUAGUGACCCCAUUUAUAUUCAUGUAUUUACUUGUAUUUUGCUAUAAACUUAUCACAGCAUUAACUGAUAAAUAACUGUACUAAAUAUAUUAACUUUUAUUUUUAAAAAAGA